GCCCCGCGCGCGCCUUUGAAAGGCGGCGGGAGCGAGGCGGCGCGCACGAUGGCGAGCCCCGGCCGGCUGCUGUGCGUGGCGGCGGUGCUCCUGUGCGGGGCGGCGGGCCCCGCGCUCUCCAGACCCCGCCACCUCGCCGUCGACAAGCCCAUCAUCGGAAUUGUGAUGCAAAAAUGCCAAAGUAAAGAAAUGAAAAGCCUUGGGAAAUAUUACAUUGCUGCGUCCUAUGUGAAGUAUAUAGAGUCUGCAGGUGGAAGGGUUGUGCCAAUAAGGACUGAUCUUACAUAUUCGGAGUAUUCACAUAUAUUCAGAUCCAUCAAUGGACUCCUUUUACCUGGAGGAAGUGUCAGCCUUAUGCAUUCAGAAUAUGCCCACGUGGCCAAAACGUUUUACAAGAUGGCCAUCCAGAGUUUUGAUGAUGGAGACUACUUUCCCCUGUGGGGCACGUGCCUGGGAUUUGAAGAGCUUUCGUAUCUGAUUAGUGAAGAGUGCUUACUAACUCUCACAGACACGUUCUCAAAGACAUUGCCGCUGAACUUCACGGAAGGUGCAUUAGAGAGCCGAAUGUUCCAGAAUUUUCCUCCUGACUUGUUGCUGUCAUUAGCCAUAGAACCUCUGACUGCAAACUUUCACAAAUGGAGCCUCUCCGUGCAGAAUUUUACUAUGAAUUCAAGGUUAAUGAAGUUUUUCAAUGUGUUAACUACAAAUACAGAUGGCAAUCUUGAGUUCGUAUCAUCUAUGGAAGGAUAUAAAUAUCCAGUAUAUGGGGUCCAGUGGCAUCCAGAGAAAGCACCUUAUGAGUGGGACUCAAAAGGCAUUUCCAAUGCACCUAAUGCUGUGAAGACUGCAUUUUACUUAGCCGACUUCUUUGUUUCUGAAGCUCGAAAAAACAGUCAUCACUAUGAGUCUCUCAUUGAAGAGAAGGAAUCCCUGAUUUAUCAGUUUUCUCCAGUUUAUACUAAAAAUUUUUCUUCAUUUCAACAAUGUUAUAUAUUUGAUUGAAAGUCUUCGAUGUAUCAACAGAGCAACUUUGGAUAAGUCCUUGAGUCAACUGUUACAAAUUGCUAAUCAUGGCUAUAAUUAUGGGAAAGCCAAAGAUUUCUUCUCUAUGUGACUGGCUCUGAUUGUUUAUCAAGAACAUGAUUUUUCUAUUGCAUAUGAUAAUUCAUUGAUAAGACAGAUGAGUAAUAAGCAUUUUUCAUAGAAAAGCCUUCUUAUACCCAAAGAUUAGAAAAAAAUAAAUUUAUUGAGUGUAUAAAUAUUUUAUUUGGGUUUGUUGAUCUGGAAAUAAACAUCAUUGUGUAAUUUCCUAAUCCUACUUCUGCUAAGGACUUUUAAAAUCCUACCUCUCCUUCCCUGGGCUGUCUCUUUCCUUUGGUUCUGAAGAGCAAUCUGUAUUUCAUUGUACAUCUGUAGGAUGUGUGUUGCGAUGUACACAGACAUCCGUUGUCUGCUCUGUCACUUACCUCAGUCAUUGGACACACAUCCUGUUAGUAGUUUGUGUUUUGAACUUUUUAACCCUUCACAAUGUAGACCUUUGGUAAAGUUAUAGAAGUUAAUAUAAAUAACUUCUUGUAACUGAAUUUUUCCCCAUGGAAAAUAACUCAAAAACUAUUGUGCAUUUAUUUUUGUACAUUUUAAAUAUAUGUCUCUCACAUGUGCCACCCUUCGCUAUAACUUACCAUCCCUUUGAAAGUCAGCGGUUUAAGCAUUCCAUGAGGAGAAGCAACUGUCUAGGAAAGAGAGGAAUUUCUGAUCUGUAUUUCAUCAAUGGUGUUUACACACUUGUGCUUUGGGCUUGUCAGAACUGUGACUGGAGAAG